ACGAAUUUUUAGGAAAAUAAAAGGUUCAAAAUGCCGAACAAGAAAUUUCUCAACAAGAAGAGUAAAAGGGUGUCAGCUGCAAGGAGAUAUAAGAUAGAGAAAUUGGUUCGUCAACAUAAUAAAAAAGCCAAGAAAGAAGCCAAGAAAAACCCCAAUAAAUUUGUCAAAAAGAGGAAAGAUCCAGGCAUUCCAAAUAGUUUGCCAUUCAAAGAAACCAUUCUCCGAGAAGCUGAAGAGCAUAAAAGAAAGAUAGAAGAGGAAAGGGAAAGACAAAAAGAAAGAAGGAAAAGAGAAAGAGAGAAACUACAGAAUAAAAAGCGUAAUUUGACAUCCCUUGUUAAAGAUGCAGAAAAGAAGACACAGGCAUAUGAAAGAAAGAAGAACAUUGGUGAGUCCUCCCUCAGUCAGUUUUCAGGAGGAAAAGCUGUGGAGACCUCCCUAAAAGCGUAUUAUAAGGAGUUCAGAAAGGUAGUGGAUGCUGCAGAUGUUAUUUUGGAGGUGCUGGAUGCCCGAGACCCUCUUGGCAGUCGAUGCUCUCAAAUGGAGGAUGCAAUUAUCAGCAGUGGAACCAACAAAAAACUGGUUCUUGUUCUCAACAAAAUAGAUUUAAUUCCACGGGAGAACGUAGAAGACUGGUUAAAGUACCUGAGGAAUGAGUUUCCAACAAUUGCCUUCAAGGCUUCCACACAAACACAGAAUGAAAACCUGAGUCAAACCAAGGUUUCCCUGAAGCAUGCCAAUGAAGAUCUUCUGAAGUCUAGUCACUGUAUCGGAGCGGACCUCCUGAUGAAAUUACUCGGCAAUUACUGUAGAAACCAAAACAUUAAGACGGCCAUUAGGGUUGGAGUUGUAGGGUUGCCAAACACAGGGAAAAGUAGUUUAAUUAAUAGUCUGAAAAGGUCAAGGACAUGCAAUGUUGGGGCAAUGCCAGGGGUCACUAAGUCCAUGCAGGAGGUACACUUAGAUAAACACAUCAAGUUACUAGACAGUCCUGGGGUUGUCAUGACAGCAAGUUCCUCAGACACAUCAGUCAUUCUCAGAAACUGUGUCAAGCUUGAAAGUUUAGAAGAUCCCAUAGGGCCAGUUGAUGCCAUUUUAAAACGCUGCUCAAGAGAACAGUUGAUGCUUCAUUUUAAAAUACCUGACUUCAAGGACACUAGUGAGUUUCUUUCCCUUCUGGCAACACGCCAAGGAAAGCUUAAAAAAGGUGGAAUUCCAGAUAUUAAUAAAGCUGCCAAGAUGGUUCUCCAGGAGUGGACUUGUGGCAAAAUAACAUACUACACCCAUCCUCCAGAGAAGCAGACAACACACAUCAGUGCCUCCAUUGUACAGGAGAUGAGUAAAGAGUUUAACAUUGACGAUAUUCUACAGGAGGAAAACUCCAUACUAGAAGGAUUGAAUCCUAAGACAUCAGCACAUAUUCUGGUGGACUCACUUGGGCCUGCCAAAAUGGUGACAUCAGAAGAAGAAAUCAAAGAAGAUGAGGAUGAGGACAUGGAUGAGGAGGAAGGCAGUGAGGAAGAGGAGGAGGUUAUGGAAGAUGACGAUGAAGAGCUGAAAGCCAUUUCUGAUCCUGUAAAAUCAAGUAGAGCAUCCUCAAGAAAGUCUUCUGUGAGUAACGAAGCAUCACAAAAACAGUCCAAAGGCAAGCAGAGAGCUGGACUCAGGCAGUUAAACAAGGACAGGAAAAAGGAUUUUAAAAAGAUGAAGAAACAAAGAAAAAGAGCAGAUAAAGUAGCUGGUGAAUUGUCUGAUGCCUUUACUUCAGUUUUCAGUGGACAAAAUGAUGAGAAUUAUGAUUUUAAUGUUUUGAAUGAGUAAAUAUAUAUUGUUGAUAUUUGAAAAAGAGUGUUUCUGUUUA